AGAUGAAAAAUCACGGCAUUCUAAAAAUUUCACGACACACGACGACAAGGGAUUGGGAUGUCGGAAGCUACGUUAGGUUAAGAAAGAGAAGGUACUAUGGUUCUCGGGGCGGUGUACACACGUCAGCCUCAGUACCCUGUUAACCCACUGAGGGCACCCGCCCCCCAACCGUUCCCUACCAUGAGGUACUACCGUCUCUGGAUUUAUACCUGCAACGCUCUUCUCUUCAUCAGCGUCGUCGGCUUUUGUGUCGUCGCGACAAAGGUUCUUGUGCUGGACCCUCGCCGCCUCCUCAUACCCAGCUUAAGCCUGAGUCAGCCCAGCUUCCUCUACGCCUACGCCACCCUGAUUUUCCAAUCGGGGCUCCUCCAGUUUAUCGGAUGCUUGGGGGCCCAGCGGCUGAACGAAAGGCUCCUCAACAUAUACUGGCUUCUUAUACUCGCCCUGCUACUCGGUGACAUACUUCUCGGUGUCGUCUGGCUCUUCAGGUUCGAGAGGAUAGCGACGGAACUCAGGCCCUUACUGAAACAAAGCUUAGCCAUAAGAUACGGUGUCGAUUCACAAUUCACGUCGCUGUGGGACGCGGUACAAACUCAGUACAGGUGUUGCGGCGUGCUCGGUUACCACGACUUUGCAAGCCUCAAUUUAACCGGUGAUACAGGGGUAUUGGGAAGCAGCACGACACAGUCGCCGACGAACGGUCUCUGGCUGCCUUCGAGCUGCUGCCGCGAGCCUACGACCCCUUUGGUGGCCGCUGCCCUCCGCAACUUCCACUACGCACUCUCUUCGACGUCGACGACGACGACCGUCUCGCCGCUCCUAGACGCGACGAUCCCGCCGCAGCACGUGACGCAAAAGGGCGGACAGGAAGGUCGCCAGGGCCAGCCGAGGUGCGUAUCCGGCGGCUCUGCACAUCAGUCGCCCUGCCAACACAACAUCCUCGCCUGGCUCACGCAGACGGCGCACAUCCUCUUCGUCAUCGGCUAUUGCGUAAUAGCAUUCAUAAAGCUAUGCUUUCUAGGAAUUCUCAGGUACGAAAUCAAAGAGAUGAUCCAGAAAAUAAAGCUAGUCCAGGAGUCGUCGGAAAAGGCCGAAGGAGAAAUGUCAAAAUGUUCUAAGCAGAAUAAUGGGACCAUUCUCCAAGCUCCUCAGCAGAUGAACAGCAUUGUACGGGAGAGUGGAGACACUCCAGUUAGAGUGGGUCCUGGCAAGCGGCACGUGAGCACCGUUUUGACCCAGGACGCAGGGACUGACUCUGAUACGAACAGCCAUUGUGCUCUCAUCCUCUGCGAUGCGAGUGAGCCCGGGGGAGGAGGUGGGCCGACGCUCAGCGGUGGGGCCAACGGGAACAACAAUUACGAAAUGGGAGACCUCACAUCCAGGCUCAGGACCUGACUACUCUAUUUCGUCUACAUAUUCCUCGGCCUUCAACCAAGCCCAAAACGCCCCGUAUAAUUUAUUAGGCUGCAUAACUUCCCUUGGGUUUAUUUGUGUGAUGUCGACAUGAAUGCCUGGAGAGAGAGUGUGUGAUAAUUAGAAACAUUAACUAGUUUGGUGAUGUAUGGGCCAGGUUUUAUGCAGUAAUGUGCUUUUAUUUUGUUAGGCUUUAAAUUCAAGAAAUGAAUGAGAAACUUCAUAUAAUAUCGCCAGGGUUAUCACUAGGACAAUUUAUGAUAACAGUGACAUUCUAGUAACAUGUAAAAUAUGCUUCUUUUCUUUUUCUAGAUUAAUUGAUAUAUAGUAUUUGCCUAGUAUAUUGAUUUAUAUAAAAGUUAAACCUGACAACUCUUGACAAAAUUAAAUUAUAUAACACAGCAAAGACAGU